GUUUGGUUUGGUAGAAGACCAUAAAGAUGCCCUGAGGCUUUAUACAGUCCAGAUCCCCCAUAAACGAGAUAGAAAACCUCCUCCUUGCUACCUCACCAAGUGGGACGGCAAGAGCUUCCUGCCUAUGCUGACGGCUCCCUGUGGCACUGAGGUCAUCUCCAGUCUGGCUGUCAGUGACUCUGGAACAUUUCUUGGCCUUGGAACUGUGACAGGAUCAGUGGCAAUCUACAUCGCUUUCUCCCUACAGAAGCUGUAUUAUGUACAGGAGUCCCAUGGCAUUGUUGUAACAGACCUAGCCUUCCUGCCUGACACUCUGAAAGGCAAAAAUAUCAAAGGGACUAAUGAAACCGCCAUGUUGAGUGUAGCUGUGGACAGCCGCUGUCAAGUCCAUGCUGUCAGCAAACGAAGAUCCUUUCCUAUUUGGCUGGUGCUGUUCUUCUGUGGGCUCAUGGUGGUGGGAGGAGUCCUCCUUCUGCAGUACCUCUUUCCAGGAUUUAUUUAAAUCAUGCAAGCGUUGUCGCAUGUCAGAGUUGACGGAGCUCGGACACAUCUUCAUUUGCCUUACUUUGCCGCUGUCAACAUCAGCAUUCCUCAAUCCAACAUCCAAACCUUGUACUGCAUCACAACCCCCAGCUGAGCCUAUGAAGGCUAUUCCAGCUUUUAUGGCGCCCUGACAUUGUUCCCCGUCAGCUCUUACUCAGGGUUGUUCUUCUCAGACCUGUAAACCCAGUUUAGUCAAACCAGGACAGACUGGGAUUUUAUUUGCUUUCAUCUCUAUCAAUUAACAUAACAUUUUUUGGAGUGGCUCAGGUUUGUGAAUGUUAAAGGGUGGGAUCUUAUCUUUAUAUUGACAUAUGUAAAAAACAUCUAUAAAUGACUGACACAGAAAGUGUCUGAUUUAGUUUUGUUGUUUACACCUAGACACUUUGAAUUAGCCAUUCUCUUUGAAAAACUACUUCUAGGGCUUUUAUUUUUACAUUUGAUCCACUAGUGGGCAGCAGAGACCAGACAGUUUACAGUCCUCUGGUAAAGGGCUGCCGGUGAAGAUAAAAUAGCAUGAUAAAAUAUCUGCUAGUCUUAGUACAUUGGAUUUUUGAAUUUAAACAUACUGCUAAAUAUUUAGACUUUGACAGGGUUGCCCAGUGUCAAGUAAACAUUUCAGCAGAAAGUUGCAACCUACAAAUGAAGAAUCAACUGAUAUUAUUCCAAAGAACCAGAUGUGGGAAAGUACUAACGAAGUUGCUAUAAGGCAGGAAGUUUGUGUAAAUGACACGAAAUGACGAUGUUAUUUUUACUAGAGUGAAAGCUGGAUAUUUCCUUUAAUUUAAUGUAAACAUUCUGACUGCAGAUAUGUUGCCCAGCAGAUAUGAUACCCAUUUUAUUGCAACUAACUUGGGGAAAUUAUAGAAGAAAUAAAAUAUGAAUAAGAAAGGUAACUUUAAAAAAAACAAUUUUGGUCUUGUUAUGGUUCAUUAUCCUGACCAAGUCUCUGGUCUGCAAACUUUACAGCGACAAUAACUGUUUUGUUUUUUUGGCCAUUUGGAACAGCAGAGACACGUUUACAUACACUUUCAAUUCAAUUCAAUUUUAGACGAUGUUGACUCUGUGAGACACAUGAAUAAUUAAAAUGUUUAAAAAAUCUUGUCUAACAUUGACAUAAACCAAAUACAAAAAACCUUUGAAUUUGAUGAGAUCAUUUUAAUACCCUUAUUCCAAAACUCUAUUUUCUAUUUUGGCGAACACGCAAUAAAUAAAUAGGAGUAACUUGAGACUCUACAUUUUUUUUAAAAAUCAAUAAUAUUGUUAUUAUAUGUAUUUUGUUUAACAGGAGAGGAAAGACGCAUUUCCUUGAAAUGUUAUACUUUACUGUGAUUUUGCUCAAAGCUCGUGAAUGUAAAUUCUCUAUAUGAACUCUUCAAGACCUUUUUUUGACCUACUUCAGAUGUGCCUGGUUUAAAUGAAAUGUUACCCAAAUUUGCAGUAAAACUAGAUAAUGUAUUUCUACAGAAUUACAGAGAUCCAAACCACUUCACUGUCAAAAGGAAUUUAAAACACUUUUCAGAACAAGCAUUUCUGUUUGAUUUCUUCUACAGUGAUAUUGGGUUUGCCAUGGCAAUUCCUAAUGCAUGCCUGGUCUUAAAUUAAAAAAAUUUUGAGUCCUUAACAGGAACAAUCCUUGGUUUUGUUGCUGAAAUGUGAAAUGGAUGCUCCCUGGCACAAAGCGUGAAUAACUAAAUCAUCCACUAAUUGGCAAUAUUUUCGUCAGCAGUGUGUCACUGUGAAAAAUCUGAAAGUAAAGGAAACCAACAACAUUUUGGAAAACAAUUACAUCAGUAUCACAUAAUCCUACUUCAUCCUUACCCAAUGAAAUUGUUUCUACCUAAGGUUUUACCACUAUCUCAGUUGGAGAGGAAAUAUGUGCUGCAAUCAUUUCCUCCCAUUGUCUGUGAUUAUAAUGGACCUUAUUGGGCUAACAAAUUGGGCCCUCAGACCUUUUCAUUUAAGCUUUUUAAGAAUCUUUGUAUUCAAAAAAGUCACCUGGGCGAAUCAGUUAGAACCAAGGCUUUUAUUUAGGGCUUUCAAAGCUAACACGAUAGUAACAAGUUAACGCAAAUUCCUUUUUUGACGCACGAUUUACACAUGCACAUUCUAAAAUUAUGACCCUCGGCCUGCCCCUGUAGUUUGGGAAAAUAGAGGAAGCAGUAGAAUAGAAUAUACUUUAUUGUCCCCUAAGGGAAAUUUGUCAUGGACUCAAAGUGCGUAGUGCAUAGUAGUAGCUUCUGGUGCCAGUGCAGCAGUAAUGCUGUGGAUGGCAGAAACAAACCUUGUGCCAGUUCACACUAAAGAUUUGCAACGAGACAUUUUGAAACUUGCCACUCCCUGCAAUGUGCCAGUGUUCUGACGAUUCAUGCUUCCUUUUCAAAAAAUGCUUACUUAAUGCAAGUUGAUAGCGUCUAACCCUAACCCUACCCCAACCACAUACACAAAACGGCAAAGUAGUACACCUUGAUAGGUAGCAUAAAUCGACAGAACACUGGUCUGCAACGUUCUAAAACCUGCCAGUUUACACCGCUGCAACUACAAGACCAGACAGCGUAUCGUUUCCAUAGCAACAACUCUCCAUUAGUUUAAUCUAACAGCGGCUUUUCAGGCUUUUUGUAGAUUCUUUUUCUGAUUUUAUGACUUACCUACUAUGUUACAAUGUUGGCCAAAGCUUCAAAUAACGAGGUUAAAGUAUUUAAAAGAAAUCCCUGUGAGCAAAAACCUCAAAUUUCCUCCUGUUCUGAAUGCUCUGUUUUUAACUGCUUUUUCUACCUUUCUACGUAAUACCGUCAUUUGCCCCCACAGCAACAGCACAGCAACGCUCAGUCUGCCGUUACCACCGUGCGACAACAACAGCUUGGUAACAUGCUUCAGGUCUUGGCCAAUCAGAAGACAGUGGGCUUUAUGAGGGGUAGCCUUAAAGAGACAGGAGCAUCUACAGCUUGUUUCAUACAGAGGCUGAAAUGAAGGCCUAUAUAUAUGUAAGAGUCAGUGUAAGAGAAAACAUUUUUUUCAUACAAAGCUGUUACACAGGAGUCGCAGAACUACAAUCUGCUCAGUCUCUGUGUCCCACUAUGACCAGUCCACCUCUGUCCCACUGUGCAACAUAAAAGAGGCACUAAAAGAGGCUCCACAGUCAGUGACAGAAACAGCAGACAGGCCUCACCCAUCUCACUGAAGGUAGAAUAUGGAAGAUUCUAUUGGAAUUUAAUAUUUGCAACCCACAGACAACAAUCCACAAAUGUGCAUAUGAUGCACCAAUAUUUCACUAUCCACAGAUAUGUAUUUUUACAUUUGUGAUGUGUAAAAUCAGAUCCACAAACAUUUUUGCACAUUUGCAGAUUGCUUCCUGUCAAUUUGCGGGUCAUGUUACAUUUAUAACUUCCAUUUUACGCAUUUGUGAAUUUUUUUCCAAUGUGUACUGCGGAUCAUAUCCGCAGAAAUACAGUGCAGUUUGCAAAUAUGUACAAUUUACUCUGUACACACAUUGUAAUUUCACAUGCAAAGUGUUAUUUACACACAAAAUAGUUUUUACACAUUUGGCGAUCACUUCCUGUUAAUUUGUGGCUCACGUUACAUUUGUGACUUUUGUGUGGACAUUUUGUCUAAUAUGUGACACAAACCUGAAAAAAAUAAAUAAAUAGAAAGAGAUCUCAUUUAUAAACAGUGAUACGUACAAAACAGGGCUGGAAAUGUGCAUACGCCACUUCCCAAGCAAAGGUUGUGAUCUAUAAAAAACAAACUUGAUAGGAGAAUGUGGAGUUUUGUAAGUAAAAUCUGAACCUGCGUACGCACAAAAACGAAAUGGCGACUAUCAUGGCAGAAGGAUGAAACAGUUAUGAAUGAAUAGGCCUAAAACAAAUUGAAAUAUUACCUCUGAGUAUUAUAGGCUUAAAGCCUUCUUGAAUAAAACACCCGUUUCACAAAUUUUUCCUGAAGUGCGCAAAAAAAAACAUCAUUUAAGAUCAUUUGCAGCGCACACAAAAAGAACCAGAUCAUAUUCAUUAAUACUUGCAUGCAGUGCAAUUUCUUCUCAUAAAUAAGGUGAACAGGAGGACAAAUUACAGUUAAAUUGAUGCCGUUUUCAAUGUGCCUAUUGUUAUCACAUGUUUGUUGCCUUAUUGAGCCAAACGCUGUACGCCAGCAUGUGGAUGUGAUGCGCAGCUUGUAAAAACACAUUAUGGAUAAUAUAAUAAUAUAACAGUAUUUAUUAAGUAAAUCUUUCAGUGUGCCGCUUCUGUCGUUUACAACAAGUCAUAUUCCUUUUAACUCUUUGGCAGUCUCGUUAAGUGAGUGGGCUGUUUGUAUAGCGUAAAUAAAUGUUUAAACACAA